AUGUCGAGGGUGUUGGUUGCCGCAACUUUCUUCGCGCUCGCUUGGUUGUCUGGAGCUAGCCCCAAUGUGGAAAAGAUUGCCUCGGGCCUCAUGGACAACUACCAGAAGACAUUGCAGGACGUCCUCUCGACCUUCACAGACACCGUCAACUCUGCAGGAGCCUUGAAAGCAAAGGCCAACACUGAUAUCACAUCGACCGCAGCAGAGGUUGUGGGCAGCACAGAGAGCACAAUCAAGGCGGCUUUGGAUGCAGCUAACACCGUGUACGCCAAGAUCACAGACUCCUCAAUGCCGGUCAUCGGCCAGGUCGCAAACGGUGCCAAAUAUAUCCAGCAGUCGGCACAGGACGCAGUGGCUCAGGUGAAGUCACUGUAUGGAACAUACGAGGACGCAUACUGCACCCCAGCCGAGUACACACCCCCUGCCAAGGUCCCUGCAAACCUCACAGGUCCUGGCUUCACACUGACAUUUGAGCUGGGCAACUGCACCUUUGAUGGCAAGGAGCUGCUGAGCAAGGAUGGGGCCAUCCACUGUGUCGGCCCAUCCGUGACCCUGGACAGGACACCAGCCACUUUCACAUCUGCAUACAUCUCAGCCGCCAAAUUUGUCGGCCAGGAGUGCGAGAUCAGCAAGAGCUUUGGCGAGACCAAGACGGAGGUCCUGUACGUGUUCGACCCCAAGGAGCUGGCCAAGGAAAAGACCCCCCUUUCCGACAUCCCGCACUACCUCGAACAAGAACUGUCCGAUGUCCUCAGCCGCAUCGGCAUCAGCCCCCUCACUGCCGGACCGACCACCACCCCUGAAGCGCCCCUCACCCCGGUCGUAGUCGCCAAGCCCCCCGAGACGCUCAUCGCCGACGCUCUCGCCAGAGCCCCCCAGAUUCUCAGGGAUGUUGUGGUGGCGAAAGCCCCUGAGACCCCUGUGGCAGAGGCUGUCGCAGCCGCCAGCCCAGCUGCUGGGCCUGUCAGUGUGGUCGCAGCGUCUCCUUCCACUGAUGUGGUGUCCCCGGCUGCUGGAGAAGUCGCCACAGUGCCUGCCUCGCCCGCAACAGCGGUUGCCGCCCCCCCGCCAGGCACGGAAGUCAUCACUGUGCCGGCCUCGUCAGGCUCUGGAUCCGCUCCGCCUCCGGAUGUGAGGGUCAUCCGGGUGCCUGCCUCUGGCGGCCGCUGA